UGCCCGUACUGGAAAGACAGAGUUUAAUUUUCUAAAAUGUACUGAGCAGUUGGGUUCAGGACAAGACAUGCUUUGUGGUGAUUCGUCUGGGCCGUUAUUUCCGAUUUGUAAUUCCAGUGAGUCAGCCUUCCAGCCGGUGAGUUUCCUUUAAGCAUAACCUGCUUCUUAUGGUCUACCCAGUUCUCCAUAUUCACAGGAAAACAAACAAUUUUCAGAUCUAAAAUUGUCUUUAAGAAAGUUGUAGCCAGUCAAAAAUCUGUUACCCAUUCUUCAAGGGAGGUUGAAGUAGGAGCAAUUAUGUGUCUUUUAGGGUUGUCUUACCAGACUCAGAUUUUCAAAGCAGUGAGGGUAUGGUUUUAUCUACAAAGGGAAACAUUGGACAAUGUUCGAGGCCCUCUCAUAAAAACCAAUGAAUUUUUCCCUGAGAUUUUCUUCCUAUCGCUUAAUGUACAAUGAUUUCUUCUUCUGGUUUGGACAUACUGUAAAUGUAAAAGUAGGCAGUAAUUUAGAUAAACCUUUAAAGCAAAACAUUUUAAGCUAAAAUUAGUUAUUUUUCUUAACUGAUUUAACUGUUAUGGUUUCCAUACUAAUUUGAUGUUUUAUUUCUUAUAUUUACCUCCCUUUUGUUUCCAAAGCUCCUAGAAUAAGGUAUUUUAACCUGUAUUUGUAGGUAGAUGGACUCACUGUAAUCGUAUGCAAUGUACCGUGUGUGCACGCGUGUGUGAGUGUAAAAUCGCUUGAGUGAACAGUAGAUCCAUUAUGCUCAUCAGAAGGCAAAAGUCUGUUCUCCUUACUUGCUGCAUAGGAUUUCAGGAUUAAUCUGUGUCGAAGCUCAUUCCAUAGGCUCCUCCAUCAAAGAAAAGAUGUUUUCACCUCUGUUGCUUCUCUCACACACACUCCUAUAUAAUUUUUGAACUGUCUUUUUUGGAGCCCUAAACUAAUGUAGCUAGAGGUCUUCUGGUCAUUCUACUAUCUCAAGGAGGAAAACAGAGUCUUGAAUUCUUCAAAUUUUAGACAAAAUUGCCAGUCUGAUGUGCAUACAAAUAUAUACACAAGAUGAUAAUAUGUUGUGUUAGCCUUUGCUAGAUUUCCCCUUAGUAACUGCUUCCUUACAUGUUCCUUACUGUGUUUGUAAUUCUUUUGAUCAAAGUACUAAUUAAGGUAAAAAUAACUUUAGAAUAUGUCUACUUAAGAAGUUGAGUAAGUCUACUCUAAAAUGUAAAUCAUCUGUCAUUGGGGGAAGAAGGGUAUGGAGAUUUGCUUUUCAAUGUAUAUUCAUUUGUACCUUUCAAGUAUUUUCUAUUCAAAUAGAAAAAAUAUAAAUAAUUUAAAUAAAACUAGCAAAAUAGUAUAAUCUCUGAUAAACCUUGAAAAGACCUUAACCUGUUAAAAUUUCACCAUAUUAAUUUGAAAAUAUUGCCAAUGUGUAAUUAUGACAUUUUAUAAAGAAAAUGAAAAAGCAACAACUCUACAGAAAGCUUACUAUAAUGAUUAAUUGCUCUAAACCAAAUAAAACAACGUUUUGAGUCAAACAUCUCCAAUAGGUCUAUUUUAGUCUAAAAAUGAAUUAAUUUCCAGUGACCACUGGUGUUCUUACUUAUUUGACAAUAGAUAUUGAAGACAUUUAUAAUAAAGCUCAGAGCAUAAUAAAUAAAAUUUUAAUAAUUUAUUUUUUAAAAGAGUAAAUGUAUUCCAGAAAUUUUAGUAGUAAUGCUAAACCAUAAAUCUGAUUAUUUAAUAAUACUUUGUAAGACUUUAACCCUACUUCAUCCCACAUUUCUUGGUAAUUACUUUUAAAAUAUUAAUUUAGGGACAAAUUAAAUUCAAAACAAACUAUAAAAAGCAAGUAGUACUUUUUCCUCAGUAACCUAGCAUACAAUGUUACAUAUCUAAAUGGGUGCAGUAACUGCUUGGGACUCUAAGCGCCGCUGUUCACCUACUUGGAGAUAAAUGUAAGCAAACUCCGCGGUCCUGAUAUUCAGGGCUGCACCUCGCAAAGACCUACAGAUCCCACAAAACAACUGCAGGGGCUGCAGCGAAACUCCGUCUCUAAAUUUGGGACGCUCCAGCUUUCGAUAAGAUCAUCUCCAUAGCUGCAGCAAAAAGGUAAACAAGACACAAAUGCCCAAUGAAGAUUCUGAGUGGAUUCCUUAGCGAAGGAACAAUGGCUGCCCCAAGGGAUUACCGAGGACGCGGAGAGCUGGUCCUGCUGUGCGCGCUCCUGGGCACGCUGUGGGAGAUUGGGGGAGGACAGAUCCACUAUUCGGUGCCAGAAGAGAGCGACAAAGGAUCUUUCGUGGGUAACGUCUCCAAGGACCUGGGGCUGGAACCCCGGGAGCUGGCGGAGCGCGGAGUCCGCAUCGUCUCCAGAGGUAGGAUACAGCUCUUUGCUCUGAACCGGAGAACCGGCCGCUUAAUCACUGCAGGCAGGGUAGACCGGGAGGAGCUCUGUGCUCAGAGCGCGCGGUGUCUUGUAAAUAUCAACAUCCUGGUAGAGGAUGGAGGGAAACUUUUUGGGAUAGAAAUAGAAAUCACUGAUAUCAAUGAUAACAACCCGAAAUUCCAAGUCGAAAAUCUGGAAGUAAAAAUUAACGAAAUCGCUGCACCUGGAACACGUUAUCCACUCCCAAAGGCUGUUGACCCGGAUGUAGGCUUGAAUUCCCUGCAGAGCUACCAGCUCAGCCCCAGUCACCACUUCUCCCUGGACGUGCAAACUGGAGACGACGGAACUAUAAACCCAGAGCUGGUGCUGGAGCGGGCCCUGGACCGUGAGGAAGAGGCUGCUCACCACCUGGUCCUCACCGCCUCCGACAGCGGCGAUCCGCGUCGUUCCAGCACAGUGCACAUCCAGGUGACAGUGUUGGAUACAAACGACAAUGCCCCUGUUUUUGCUCAACCGAUUUACCGAGUGAAAGUCCCAGAGGACGUGCCCCAGGGCACCCGUCUGCUUACUGUAAGAGCUAGCGACCCGGAUGAGGGAGCCAACGGAAGAGUGGCGUAUAAAUUCUGGAAAAUUAGUGAAAAACAAUCUCCAUUAUUCGAGCUUAAUGAAAAUACUGGGGAAAUAUCAACAGCAAAGAAUCUAGAUUAUGAAGAAUGUGCAUUUUAUGAAAUAGAAAUACAAGCUGAAGAUGUGGGGGCACUUCUGGGGAGGACCAAAGUGCUCAUUUCAGUGGAAGAUGUAAAUGACAAUAGACCCGAAGUGGUCGUUACAUCUCUGUUUAGCCCGGUCUUGGAAAAUACUCUUCCUGGGACAGUAAUUGCCUUCUUGAAUGUGCAUGACCGAGACUCUGGGAAGAAUGGUCAAGUUGUCUGUUACACACGUGAUAAUUUGCCUUUUCAAUUAGAAAAAUCAAUAGAUAAUUAUUAUAGAUUGGUGACAUGGAAAUAUUUGGACAGAGAAAAGAUCUCUAUGUACAAUAUCACAGUGAUAGCCUCAGAUCGAGGAACCCCGCCUCUGUCUACUGAAACUCAUAUUGCCUUGCAUGUGGCAGACACAAAUGACAAUGCUCCCACUUUCUCUCAUGCCUCCUACUCAACCUAUAUCCCAGAGAACAACCCCAGAGGAGCCUCCAUCUUCUCUGUGACCGCCCAUGAUCCCGACAGUGAUGAAAACGCCCGAGUCACUUACUUUCUGAUGGAGGACACCAUCAUGGGGGCACCUCUCUCCUCCUAUGUCUCCAUCAACUCUGACAGCGGUGUCUUGUAUGCACUGCGCUCCUUUGAUUAUGAGCAAAUCCGAGACUUGCAGCUACUGGUGAUUGCCAGUGAUGGUGGGGACCCUCCACUCAGUAGCAACGUGUCUCUGAGUCUGAGUGUGUUGGACCAGAACGACAACGUGCCAGAGAUCUUGUACCCUGUGCUCCCCAACGAUGGUUCCACUGGCGUAGAGCUGGCACCCCGCUCUGCAGAACCUGGCUACCUAGUGACGAAAGUGGUGGCAGUGGACAGAGACUCAGGCCAGAACGCCUGGCUGUCCUACCGCCUGCUCAAGGCCAGUGAGCCAGGGCUCUUUGCAGUGGGGUUGCACACGGGAGAGGUGCGGACGGCGCGGGCCCUUCUGGACAGAGACGUUCUCAAGCAGAGCCUGGUGGUGGUCGUCCAGGACCACGGCCAGCCCCCACUCUCAGCCACUGUGACUCUCACCGUGGCUGUGGCUGACAGCAUCCCAGACGUCCUGGCCGACCUGGGCGGCAUCAGGACCCCUGUCAACUCUGAUGAUUCAGAUCUCACAUUGUACCUGGUGGUGGCGGUGGCAGCAGUCUCCUGCAUCUUCCUCGCCUUUGUCAUAGUGCUGCUGGCGCUCAGACUGCGGCGCUGGCACAAGUCUCGCCUGCUCCAGGCUUCAGGAAGCGGGUUGGGGGGCGUGGCCACCUCGCACUUUGUGGGUGUGGACGGGGUGCUCGCUUUCCUGCAGACCUAUUCCCACGAGGUCUCCCUCACUGCGGACUCGCGGAAGAGUCACCUGAUCUUCCCCCAGCCCAACUACGCGGACACACUCCUCAGCCAGGAGAGCUGUGAGAAAAAGGAUCCCUUGUUAACAUCCAUAGAUUUUCAGCAACGUACGGAUGAAGCUGCGUCUGUUCAGGUGAGUUCAGUUCUUUGUUUACGUUUCUCAGAGAAAUUAUAUUGGGUAUAAAUUUAAUUUACGUCAUCUGAAACACGUAUUGUGAAGAAGUUUGAAAUAUUUUUUAAGGUGUACUACAAAGUUUUGGGUUUAUUUUAAUUGUGAUACUAUAAAGUUGAGCUCUAAUUAUAGUUUGUGGUGUCAUUUGCUUUUCAAAGGCUUGGACAAGAUUGUUUAAAUGUGAACUCUCAAUGUUUUAAACCUUCCGUAUUUUACUAUAAUUGUCACUUAU